UCUCCAUUAUCCAAUGGGUGAGCGGAAAGAAGGGUGGGGGAAGGAAGCGCCAAUUCAAUGCGUCUAUGCCCUCCCUCUCCACCCCUCCCCCGACAAGAUGGCGGCGACUGCUUUGUUUCUAGUUCUUCGCCGAGUAAUGGAUGUUUGAGCCGGGGGAUAGAGAGGUGCAAGCUGGGACGGUGGCUUCUGCCUUGUGUUUUCCGAAGGGAGGGCCGACAUCAAAACAAUAACCUACACGUCCAUUUCAAGCUGUCUGUAAAGCGACGGGCUCGCUGCCUCGUUUUCGUGUGAGCAGCUUCUUCUCACCUCUGUGUCUCUCCUGUCCCUCUUCCUCCUGCAGGCUGCCCGGGGAAUGGCAGAGCGCCGGUGAGAGUGGUCGAACGACGGGUCAAGGCCUGUGAGAGCGAUGACAGCGGAGCCCAUGAGUGAAAGCAAGUUAACUACAUUGGUGCAGAAGCUUCAUGAAUUUCUAGCUCACUCCUCAGAAGAAUCUGAGGACACAACUUCUCCAACAAGACAGCCUGUGAGCAGAAGUGCAGCUAAAGUCAAGUCUGUAAAUCAACUGCAUCCAAUGGAAAACAACAUGGAUGAGGGAAGUACUUCUGGAAACCUCUUGGCAUCAUCUCGUUCUAAAAGGAAACCCUCAUUUGUGCAAAAAUAUGUUGGGUCAGAUGAAGAGGCUGUACAAGAUGAACCUGUCAAUAUGGACGGAUCUAAUGAAAAUUCAGAUAAUGAAGUUGAUAUGGAAAGCUUACCCAUAGGUACAGUGGUUGUACAACCAGAACCUGUCUUAAAUGAAGACAAAGAUGAUUUCAAAGGACCAGAGUUUCGGAGCAGAAACAAACCUAAACCAGAUUUAAAUGUACCUAAGAAACGCACAGAGGAUGGACUUCAUGGUAUUGUUAACUGCACAGCCUGUGGCCAACAAGUAAAUCAUUUUCAGAAAGAUUCAAUUUAUCGGCAUCCUGCUUUAAAAGUGCUGAUAUGUAAGGCAUGCUAUAAAUAUUACAUGAGUGAUGACAUAAACCGAGAUGCAGAUGGAAUGGAUGAACAGUGCAGAUGGUGUGCUGAAGGAGGAAACUUGAUUUGCUGUGAUUACUGUCAUAAUGCCUUUUGUAAGAAGUGCAUUCAACGAAAUUUGGGGAGAAAGGAGCUUUCUGCUAUCAUGGAUGAAGAUAGCAAGUGGGAGUGCUACAUUUGUCGACCAGAACCUUUACUGGACUCUGUAGCUGCAUGUGACAGCGUUUUUGAAAAUUUAGAGCAAUUGUUACAACAAAAUAAGAAAAAAAUGAAAGUGGACAAUGACAAAAACAAAUCAAAUGAGCACUCCCACAAUGAUUCUGAUAAAAAGAAUACAAGCUGUAAUGGACAGGGCAAAAAUAUAAGUGAUGCACAUGCCGAUAUGUUAACAUAUUCUUAUAGAGCCCUUAUGGUGCCAAAGCAGAUGCUCAAAAAAGCAAAAAAACUUAUUGAGACAACAACUAGCCUGAAUGCAAGUUUUGUAAAGUUUAUGAAAAAAGGAACUGAAAACAAUGAAAUGAACCCUGUCGAAAAGUUACGACGGUUGAAGGCAUUUAAAUCUGUCCUGGGUGACCUAAAGAGAGCCCAUCAGGCUUUAGAGGAAACGUUAAUGGAAGAGAUCAGUUCAGUUGAGGAGCAGAAGAAAUCUAAGAAAAGCAAAGAGACCACAAGUGAGAACAAGCAUGCAAAGGAGAAGAAACACGGUGAAGAAAAGCCCAAGGAACACAAGAAAAUAGCUGCACGUGAAAAAGCAAAACCUUCAGAUUCUGACAAACCUAUGGAUUCUGACAUGAACGCCUCUUACGAUACAGAGCAGGCUGACGAAAAUGGCAGAAAUUCAGAGCUUACUGAAGAUAUAAAGAAAAGCGAACCAUGUUCUCCUGCCGACAUUACCCAGGCUUUGACAACAGAUGCAGAGGAUACAGAUAAUGUCAUCAUGGAGGAUGCAGAUGAAAAUAUUGAAAGGGAAAGUGAAAAAGAGGCAGCUGAGAGUGAUGAUGAUGAUGAUGAUGAUGAUGAUGAUGAUGAUGAUGAUGAAGGUAAGCAAAAAUCACAGCUAACGAAGCAGAAGAGUAUGCAUGACAAACCUAGUGAAGACUCACCUGGAAGCAUAAAGAGUGACGACUCCCCUGAGAAAGAAUGUGAUUCUCCUCUGCCUGAUAAAACUAAAGAAAAGAAAAUGGCUGAUCAGUGCACCAAGGCUCUUAAAUCUGGGAAAUCACGCACACCACAAAAAAAAUCCAAAAAUGAAGAGGCAUUCGAGCCCAAUUCCCCUGAAGCUCUUGACAUGGACAUUGUUUCAGUGCCAACUUCUGUGCCUGAAGAUAUAUUUGAUAGCUUAGAUUUAUCAUUAGAGCAGCAAAAUUCUUUGCAAGAUUCUGUAACGGAAACUACAGUGACCACACCCGUAAAGUGCAAGGAAGAUCAAAAAGAACUAAAGCCACUAGCCAAGAAGCAGUUGGUUGUGCAGCUGACGCCAGUGUCCCUAUCCAAUUCCCCUGUGAAAGAAGACAACUGUAGUACAGGCAAAUCUCCAAAGACUGAAAUUUGUAGUGAUGCUGAAAUGGAAGCUCAGAAUCAAAAUCGUGCUUCAUGUGAUGAAGUCCUUGAGAACACGUCUGAGAAUGACCUAGAGGAAUCUUCACUCAGGAGAUCACCUCGUGUCAAAACAACACCAAGGAGGAGACAAACUGAUGCAAAUUCUGCAACCUCAAAUACAGAAGAAGAGAGCAAUGACACAGACAAAGAGAAAAAAAGUAAAAUGGCAGCAUGUUCUAAAGAAAAACGGAAUUCUAAAGCAAAGCAUAGCCCUGCAGACAGCGGGGAGAGCCCAAAAGCAAAAAGGUCAUUAGCCAAGAAGAUGAAGACACAAAAGAAUAAAAGUACUUCUGAUUCAGAUGAGGUUCCAGAGGUUCUUAAAAAGGCAGCCCUUAUGAGUAACAGUUCCUCAGAGCUUGAUAGCAGUAAUGAGGCAAACAGUGGUAAAAAAGCUUCUAAUCGUGUAGAAAAAGCAGCAAAAGGUGAUUGUAAGAGGAAAAGAAGUAAAUCGAGUUCUGGUUCUGAGCCAACCAAAAGAACAACUAGAAACUCAACAGCUACCAAAAAGCAACGUUGGGACCAUUCAGACUCUUCAAAUUCUGAGCUAGAGAGGGAAGUUAAAAAACUUGGUAAAAAAGAUGCAGUCAAGAAGGGAUCAAAGCAAAAAUCCAAGAAAAAGGAAGAAAGCUGCGAGUCUUCUGAUGAAAAGAGACAAAGUAGAUCACAGAAAGCCAAAAUAUCCAAAAGAGAGAAAACACCUGCUUCUGAUAAGAAGGAAUCCUCAUCUGACCUUUCUGAAGAGGAGCAAGAGAAUAGCCACAAUUCAGAUGAAGACAGCGAUGAACAAAAGAUCAAGCCUUUAGUUGAAAAUGAAGUUGUAUCUGCCACAGGAUUUGUUCAAUCAUCAGGCGAUGAAGCAGGUACAAAAUGUGGGGCAGCUCCUGCGGAGGAUGAUGAUGGUGAUGACGAUGAUGACCCUGAGAAUAGGAUUGCCAAGAAAAUGCUUCUGGAAGAAAUCAAAGCCAAUCUGUCUUCAGACGACCAUGAAGAUGCUUUCUCUGAUGAAGAGCCAGAAGAAGGCAAAAAAUCUGUGGCAAAGGCUACUACAAAAACUAAAGAUAAAGAUGUUGGUGAGGAUGAUGACAGUUCAGAUUCAGAUUCAGACUCUGAUUCUGAAUCUACAAAAAAACCAAGAUAUAGACACCACCUUUUGCGACACAAGAUAAGUUUGAGUGAAGCAGAGUCUGGAGAAGAGAAAGGCGAUAAAGCUAAGAGCUCAAAGAAUGGGAAGCGUCGAAACAGACGGAAAGUGAGCAGUGACGAAUCGGCCUCUGACUUCCAGAAUUCGUCUGGGGUUAGUGAGGAAAUUUCAGAGUGUGAUGAUUCAGAUGAUCAGCGGCCCAGAACAAGGGCUGCAAAGAAAGAAGCUGAAGAGAAUCAGCGCAGCUACAAGCAGAAGAAAAAGAGAAGGCGAAUUAAAGUCCAAGAUGACUCCAGUGAUAGCAAGAGUAAUCGCGGUAAUUCAGAGGAUGGAGACCAAGAUGAGGACUCUGACUCUAAAUCACCUGGAAAGAACAGGAAGAAGAUUAGAAAGAUUAUCAAAGAUGACAAGUUGCGAACAGAAACUCAGAAUGCCUUGAAAGAGGAAGAGGAUAGAAGGAAGAGGAUAGCAGAGAGAGAGCGAGAACGAGAGAAACUAAGAGUGAUAAAGGUUAUUAAUACUGAAGAUGCAUCACCUGUAAAGUGUCCAGUCACCACUAAACUAGUGUUGGAUGAAGAUGAAGAAACAAAAGAGCCUUUGUUGCAGGUUCACAGCGCCAUGGUUACAAAGCUGAAACCACAUCAGGUAGACGGUGUACAGUUCAUGUGGGACUGCUGCUGUGAGUCUGUGAAAAAGACCAAAAAGAACACUGGUUCUGGCUGUAUACUGGCUCAUUGUAUGGGUCUCGGAAAGACUUUGCAGGUCGUGACUUUCUUACACACUGUUCUUUUGUCUGACAAGUUGGAUUUUAGCACUGCACUUGUGGUGUGUCCUUUAAACACUGUUUUGAAUUGGGUCAAUGAAUUUGAAAAGUGGCAGGAUGGCAUGGACGAUGAAGAAAAAUUGGAGGUCAUUGAGCUUGCUACAGUGAAGCGUCCUCAGGAAAGAUCAUACAUGAUGCAACGCUGGCAUCAAGAGGGAGGGAUAUUAAUAAUUGGAUAUGAGAUGUACCGAAACCUCACCCAAGGAAGGAAUGUGAAGAGCAAAAAGUUGAAAGAGACUUUUCAAAAGACCCUUGUGGAUCCAGGACCUGACUUUGUUAUUUGUGAUGAAGGACACAUCCUCAAAAAUGAAGCGUCAGCCAUUUCUAAGGCCAUGAACUCCAUAAAGACAAGGAGGAGAAUCAUUCUUACAGGAACCCCAUUGCAAAAUAAUCUUAUAGAAUAUCACUGCAUGGUUAACUUCAUCAAGGAAAACUUGCUUGGUUCCGUCAAGGAAUUCCGAAAUCGUUUCAUCAAUCCAAUCCAGAAUGGGCAGUGCGCUGACUCCACCCUAGCUGAUGUCAGAGUGAUGAAAAAGAGAGCGCACAUUUUGUAUGAAAUGUUAGCUGGCUGUGUUCAGCGAAGAGAUUAUACUGCACUAACCAAAUUCUUGCCACCAAAGUAUGAGUAUGUUUUGUCAGUCAGACUGUCCCAACUUCAGUGUAAGCUCUACCGUUACUAUCUGGAGCACUUAACAGGAGCUGUUGGUGAAGGAGGAGUGAGAGGAAAAUCUGGAACAAAACUUUUCCAGGACUUCCAGGUCUUAAGCAGAAUCUGGACUCACCCUUGGUGUUUGCAGCUGGACUAUAUUAGUAAAGAAAAUAAGGGUUACUUUGAUGAAGAAGACAGCAUGGAAGAGUUUAUAGCCUCCGACUCUGAGGAAUCCUCCAUGAGUCUAAGUUCAGAGGAAGAAGUUGUUAAUAAAAAGAAGCCAAAGGGUAAAGGCAAAAAGGAUAGCUGCUCAAGUGAAGAAGAAAGUGACAAUGAUGUUGAAGUCAUCAAGGUGUGGAAUUCCAGAUCCCGUGGUGGCAAAGGAAAAGAUUUAAACGAUGAAGAGGCCUCAAACAGCCCUGUAGCUGUUAAAGCUGAAGAACCCUUAGGCAAACCCACAUCCUCCUCCACACCUGGAAGCCCAGCCCCUGACUGGUACAAGGAUUUUGUUACUGAAGCAGAUGCAACUCUUAUGGAGCAUUCCGGGAAAAUAAUGCUUCUCUUUGAGAUUUUGCGCAUGGCUGAAGUGUUGGGAGAAAAAGUUUUAGUUUUCAGCCAGUCUCUCAUAUCUCUGGAUUUGAUCGAAGAUUUUCUGGAAUUGGCAAGUACCGAGAAAGAUGAAGAAAAUCCAGUCGAAAAGCCAGUGUUUUACAAAGGGGAUGGAAAGUGGUUUAGAAAUAUCGAUUACUACCGUUUAGAUGGCCAAACCUCUCCUCAAACGCGUAAAAAAUGGGCUGAGGAAUUUAAUGAUGUCUCCAAUUCAAGGGGCCGUCUGUUCAUUAUUUCUACAAAAGCCGGAUCCCUGGGUAUUAAUCUUGUUGCUGCUAAUCGUGUGGUAAUCUUUGAUGCAUCAUGGAAUCCAUCAUAUGAUAUUCAGAGUAUCUUCAGGGUGUAUCGAUUUGGACAGUUCAAGCCUGUAUUUGUCUACAGGUUUUUGGCCCAGGGCACCAUGGAAGAAAAGAUCUACGACAGGCAGGUUGCCAAACAGUCCCUGUCCUUUAGGGUUAUCGACCAACAACAAAUCGAACGUCAUUUUACAAUGAAUGAACUGACUGAACUUUACACCUUUGAGCCUGAUAUGCUGGAUGACCCUAAUUCGGAAAAGAAGAAAAAACGAGAGACUCCCAUGCUGCCUAAGGACACCGUGCUAGCGGAGCUGCUACAAAUCAUGAAGGAGCACAUAGUGACCUAUCACGAGCACGACUCUCUUCUGGAUCAUAAGGAGGAAGAGGCCCUUACAGAAGAGGACCGGAAGGCGGCAUGGGCAGAAUAUGAAGCUGAAAAGAAGGGUUUGACCAAUCGUGUCAAUGUAGCAGCAGUACCUGGGGUUAAUUAUGGUCAAGUCAAUAUCAACGCACAAUCUUCCUACAUGCCAUUAAACCUGGGAGCGCUGUCCUCAUUAUCUAACCAGCAACUUGAGGAUCUAAUAAAUCAAGGCAGAGAAAAAGUAGUUGAAGCUACAAAUAACAUCGCAUCUGCAAGGAUUCAACCCCUGGAAGACAUCAUCUCGACAGUUUGGAAGGAAAAUCCAAACGCCACGGAGGCCCAGGUUCAGUCCCUUGCCCUAAACAGGCAGUCAAGCCAAGAACUUGAAAUAAAGAGACGUGAGGCUGUUUAUAACGACGUACUGACUAAGCAACAGAUGUUGAUCAGCUGCGUGCAGCGAAUACUCAUGAGUCGAAGGUUACAGCAUCAGUACAACCAGCAGCAGCUCAACCAGCAACAGCAGCAGCAGCAACAACUUGUUUUCCAACAGCAAGCAGCGCUGAAUCACCUGAUGAUGCAGAAGAAUCCAAAUAUUAUAAUAUCCCCUGGUCCUAAUAACUUUUCCCAAAUUGACUUAAGAGGAAUGUACCAAGCUGGGAUGCAAGGUCUUCAGAUGCAGCGCAAUGCACCAGCUGUUAGAGGAAAAAGUCCAGGACCUUCCCAAGGGAAAAAAAUGUGAUGUUGCACUAAAACCUUAUAUAGGGACUGCUUUAUUCAAUUUUUUUUUAAUGUGUAGAAAUCUAAGGCUUACAAUAACUCCGCUGUAUUUAAACAAAAAAAAAGUUUGGUUUGUUUCCUUUAAUGCCAAACUGUUUUCUGUGUAAGCUUUGCAUUGUACUUAAGUUUGUUUUAGCCCCCCCCCCCCCAGUGCAGAAGAAAUGUUGAAGAAAAUAUGGCCUUCCGUAAUCGAAUCGGCUGCUUGAACCGGCACACGCAUUGCCACUUUUCUUUUUACUCCAGCCCUGAUGGCAUCACAGAAGCAUCGCUCCGGAUGUUUUAUUUAUGUAUAUCCCUCAAUCGCCAGCACAAAGCAAAUGCAGCUGUCAGAGGGCAACUGCUGCGGCGUAUACGUUAUGCCAGGUGUACCUUUUUGGCAACAGACUCGGCUCGUACUAGAGUCAGAGUCUGCUUUCUUGGGGUCUCUGCCUUUGAAUUCCUGUGGAUCAUAACUACUGACUUACCUGUUGUAGAGUUGUUUCAAUCCAUUCUUGCAAUACAGGUACAAAUUUCUUUUAAAGAUGCAUGCAUAUUAUUUUUUUUUUUUUUUUGCUGCUGCUGCUGCUUUAACAGUAACCCUUUUUCCUGUUGUUACUUACGAUCUUCGCAUUCACAUUGGAUUCCAAAAAACUUUCUAUUUUUAAAAAAAUUCCUUAGAAGUAUAGUUGGGCUGGGGUGAAGCUGCCGCUUGUCAGCAGUGUUUAUGUGACAGUCUGCUUUUUGUGGAUCUUUAGAUUUCUACAGCUUUCGCAUCCUCCCCAUGCCUUUGUAAAUAUGGUAGUCUUUUUUUUUUUUUUUUUUUUUUUUUUAAUUUAAUAUUUUUCUAUUUGCUGCAAGCUUUUCCAUAGUGGUUGUUUUUCAGCCCUCGGUUUCAGACUUGGCCUCCGAGGCCCCCUGAUAUCCAGGUUCCACUUUAAUAACCAUUAGAUAAAAGCUACUCAAUGGUAUUGGUGCGACAUGAUUUUCUGCCGAAUACAAGACAGGUGAUAGGACUUACAGGUCCGGCUCACCGGGACAUUCCAUAGUAUCCAGGCAGGCUUGUCUGACUCUUGACUGCCCUUAUUGCACAAUAACCACAAAACAAAUAACGCAAAGCUAACACUGUAUUCUUACAUCUAUAGUAGUGUGAUGAUAAAACAUUUCCAAGCUUAUGUUUUAAAUAACACACUCCGUUACCCCCGCAUAAUUCCUUUUUGAAGGGCACGUGAUCCUACAUUAAAAUCAACGUGAGCUCAGUGAAUUUCAAUUCUUUGUGAGACUGUUGAAGAUAGUGGGUUUUUUUGGUUUUUCUUUUAAUAAUGAUGCCCCUGCACUUCAUCUUGCUCCAAGGCCAGAUGAUUAAAAGUACAGGGUGCGUAUAGCUAAAGUAUUGAAAGCUCUCUUAAACGGAAAUGCAUAUUCACGUGUGAUUUUUUUUUUUUUUUUUCCAGGGGUAACUUGCCAAAACUGAUAUACACAUGUUUGCAGAAUAUUAAGCAUUGAUAUAAAGAUCUGUAUUCUUCAUCUUUUAAAGAGACAUCACCAUUGAAUUAUGACAUUUCAUAUUUGUAGUAAGCCGUACUGUGUAAACUUGCUUCAUACAACUGGAAUGUUUUACCAGAGCCUUUUCAUUUGGUUUCCCUGUAGCCUAGGUAUCGGUCUAUUAGGUGAGUCGCAAUUGACUUUUCUCAGCUCACUUUGCUUUGCAGUCCUAUCGGCUUCACAGGUUAAUCACUUUGACUGAUACUCUGGGACUCUCUCCAGUGGUAUUUAAAUACUGCUUUAAUAAUAAUCUGAAUCCCUUGUACAAUAGACCACAAUAGAGACUGGUGUAUGAUCUCUUCUUCAAGCUUUUUUUUGUCAGUCUACAGUUUAUAAUCCUCUAGUGAGUUUAAUGAUUUGCCUUUUUACAGCAGCAUUUACAAAGCUAUGUACAUUAAGGGUAGAUGCCACAAUAUUACAGUUUUAUGAGAUAGUGGGGGGGGGGGUGAGUGCAGUAGUAGUUGUGCCGUUUUUUCUAACAUUGUAUAGUAAAAAUGCUUCCCCAAAACUUUGCCUUUAUUUCCUGUCAAAUUGACAUAAAUAAACUGAAUGUGCUUAUUAUUUAGCCCCUGAUGGGAUUUGGAGAAAAUAUGUGACACAAAUGUCUAUUCUUGCUUUUACACCUUACUUAUUAAUGCACAAAAAGUGAUUUGAUUUUUCUUGCUUUAGACCACGUGAAGUAAUUUUGUUUUUUUUUUCUUUUUUACUGGGAUAAAUUUCAGCUUCACCAGGUUGUAGUUUUGAUAUGUUAGCCUGUUGGCCCCUCUAGUUUGCUGGGGUUUCUGCAAAACUUUUGAUAGCUGUCACCUGAUAUGUGCACAUUAGAAUGGAAAAAAACAAUUGGCCAAUGUAAAUAUGUUUUUUUUAAUAGAAGGUGAACUUAAUUUCCCAAAACACACACACACACUGAAAGCACCACACCCGUCCCUUUGUAAUGCAGACUUCUGCUUAGGGAGGGUUUAUUAAGAGAAUAGAUAUUCUGGCUCAUGGUUGCCAUACAUCAUACCAAUUUUAUGCUGUUGAUUUUCAGCCUAGACUGGAAAAUAUCUGUAGCCUUAUGACCCAUAUCUAUGGGUAUUCCAUGUGCUGGUACAUGCCAUGGUGGGAUCUGCAGGCGAGGAAGUGAAGAGGAACCAGAGCUGCUCUUCACUUCCUGUUCUGAUCAUUUGAGCUUUUGUCUCAAAUAAUCAGUGCAAUACAAAGGUGGCCAUACUGUGUAAAUCCUUUUCUAAGGUAGCCCUCUGGCCUGGUCUAAUACCCUAUUCCGUUGGCCUCUGUAUGGCCACCUUUAUUGUCUCCUCAAUAGUUAUGUACUGCAGUAAGUUCCUAGCAGAAAUCACGUCUGGUUCGUAAAUGUCCUAUCUCGGCUCACUCAUACAUUUCUCUAUCAUCCCUAGGCAGCACAGGAACCCUCAGUUAAUAUCCACAUCCCUCUAGAAGGCAGGAUAGCAGCUAAAACUGCAGGGAUGACUCUGUCCAGUAUGCAAAUUAGGGUUGGGAAGGGGGGAAACAUUUUUACUUGCUUGUUUUGUGACAGUGUCACACGAUUUCCCUCUCCACCCCUAAUUUGUAGAUGCAAAUUCUGGUUCGGCCUGGCCGAAGGAUUCAGCUGAAUCCUGCUGAAAAAGGCUGAAUCCUGGAUUCGGUGAAUCCUUACAAAUUACUGAUGUGCGGGUCGGGUUUUUCCCAACCCUAACCCGCCCUCCCUCAGUCCACAUCCAACUUCCGGGUUCCUUUUAUAAACCCUCCCCGCCAAUGAUGUCACAUAAGGGGCAGGGCAAGCUGGUGCCGAAAAGCUCAACCCGCACCCGCGAAGAGGCCCGACCCGAGGGUAUCGGGCCGGCCGGCACAUCACUAUUCCAAAUACUUGUUCUUGUGGGAGGAGAAGGUAGUUAAUUAGAUUAGUGCACAGAUACACCCCCUCUGCCUAAUGAACCCCUGUUCUUCUGUAAGUCAGAGGGAGACACAACCAAGGGUGAAAGGGAGGAAGUCUAUAUCAAGCCCAUUAUUUCUAUUUUUAUUUCACAUGAUCACAGGGGAGGUUAGAGGUUUUUUUUAAAAAAAAACACGAUCCUUUAUUGCUUUAGAAUACACAAGACUCUUGAAUACCAUGAUAAUUAUAGCUGUAUUAUCAGUACUAUGUAUUAUCAGUAAUGGUGUAUUAUAAGAAAUAAUGUACUUCCUGUUGUAAAAUAUGAGGAUGUUAGAAGUCACCUCUGAGUCCCAUGACUUGUGUAAAAACACUCGCCUAUGGCCUUGUGCUUUUCUAUAGUAAUGGAACAGCUUAGUGGACAGUGACCUAUCAUAUCCUUAUAUUUUUCAAGCGGGGUGCGGUACAUUAUUCUCUGUAUAAUUAAGUCAAAUUAGAAUAUGGAUUUAAAAAAAAUAGCCAUAAUCCACUUUCAUAUCAUUUAAUUUCUAUUUAUUUGGCAAUGUACUUCCCAUUGGAAAUACCUUCUGUUCUGACUGCGUGAGGGGGGGGGGGGAUUUUCACAUUAAUUUAGGAAUUUCUCAAAACCAAUUCAUGCAGGAGUGAGGGUUUCUCUAACUUGAAUGCUUUGUGCAUUGACUCACAUACUCAUAUGGUAAAGUAAUUGACAUUAAGCGUCAAAUUGAUUGGAAAAAAAUAUAGUUUCUUAAAAUUAACUUAAUUUGCAGAUAUUUUUUAAUUACCGAAAGAAAACCAGCACCAUUGGCUCCAUUACUAAGAGAAAGCUGGCCCAAAAUAAGCCACAAAAACCUUCUUUUUAUAUCCGCUGACUGGGGACAAUGUUUUCUGCCGGAUCUGCUUCAUGGACCAUUUACAUGUCGGUAGGCAUUUUACCCACAUUCUGUUUGUUACUCAGUCCCUAUAAUAAAGCUUUAACCAGUAUGGCCGGCUACAACAUCAGCAACACGUGGAAAGGCUGUUCUAGCUUUGGUUUGGUUUUUUACGUUCAUUGUUUUGUCUUCUUUUAGAUGUUUUAAGCAGUAGCUUUAAGCAUAGUUAAACCCAGUUGCCUGUAUUACGAUUUCUGCCUGCUCAAUUCUCUUCUACAUUUCAGCCCCGGUUACUUUGGAUGUUAAAGCGCUUCUUGCCUCUGUAUUUGUGAUAUUGUACAUGUUUGUCUCAGUUUGUAAAGUAUUUUCAGUCCAUUUAUAACCAGCUUUGGCCGCUGACACCAUACAGCUGUGACGAUAUACGCCUUCUCUUUCUUUUCCGCUUUUCAUUUCUGUAUUAAAUAUCGGAAGUACUGUAGAAAUAAUGUCAAGCCCCUCCCCCAAGGCUGUUUUUGUUUUUGUAAUAUACUGAAGGACUGAAAUUGUGUUUUUAAUGAACGAGCAUAAAAGUAUGGAACUAUACUCUGUGUUUUCACCAUUCAAAGUGCUGUUUAGUAGUUGAAAGUUUCAAAAAUUAUAUUUAAUAUCUCAUUUAAUAAAGUGACCAAAAUUCUA